CCUUGAUCGUACGGUUGCAUACGGAAGUAGUCACAUGACAGUCAGGCGAUCACGCGAGGGAAGGCUGUGAUCAGAGGAAGAUUUGUUUGCCAAGAAAAUGGAAUCGAAGCUAUUAACUGUUGCUGUUUUGUUUGGAGUCUUGUCCAUAGUUCACAGCCAAGGACCACAAUGGAAGCCUUGUGACUCUUCCAAGUAUGAAGGUGUGGUGGCUACAGUUGGCACUAAUGCCACAGUUACUGGCGGUGUAGUGCAACUCGUGAAAGGCACUGGUGUUAUUUUUGAUGUGUCAUUCAAGACAAACAUUGAAGUCACAAGUGCAACAGCUGUGGUUCACGGAAUAAUUGCUGGUGUGCCGGUUCCCUUCCCACUGGAUAACCCUCAAGCAUGUAAAGACUCGGGAUUGACCUGCCCCCUAAAAACAGGAACUGGGUACAAAUACAAAUCUGUGAUUCCAGUGAAGUCUUACUACCCAGAUGUGAGGCUUGUGGUCAAGUGGCAGCUCAAUGACGAGAAGGCCAACAUCAUCUGGUGUGUGGAGAUGCCGGCAGAGAUCAAGUGAUUCAACCAACCUUACAACUUUUCCAGUCUCCACAGGAUUGAAGAAUGAAAAGACAUAAAACCAUAUUUUUAUAAAACAUUGUGGGUGUAUUUCAGAAUCUCUCUUUCUUUUUAAGAUCUUUGUCAUGUUAAAUCUCUACUAUGUAUGUGAGUACUCUUCUUUUGUUGUACAUACAUAAAUUGAAAUCUCUUCAUUUAUACAUGAAACCAUUUUAGAUAAUGUCAGUGGUUUGCAGAUGAACAUGUCUGUUAGUGGUUGAAUCAGUGCUUCUCUCAAAGGCAGGAAAAAGUUUGGCAGCUAUCACAAAAGGUUCCAAAAGAAAUCAAAUCAGCCAAAAUAUAACUCACAGAUUGUACUUUUUCCAGAUUGAAGACAUUUUGCCAAGAAUUUUACAGACACAGUCGUUAUCAGCUUGUUAAUAAUAUUAUCACUCUCUAAAUUGUUAAUCAUUGUUGCUUAUCUACCACGUUUACUCAAAUUUGAUUAAAUUUACAAUUAUUUUUCUUCAGUUAGUUUCGAAUACAUUAACAGAAAAUGUUAAGUUGUAUAACCUCUUGACAUGCCAUAAAAUGUGCUGAGAGUUAUCUGCCCUUGUGUACUAAAAUUCAAGGUCAGGAGACUCAAGGUGUUGCUGAAUGAGACACAUAUUGGGCAGUGUUGGUACCUGCAUUUUGAAGAUGCUGUGAUAACUUAACAACCUUACAGCUAAUUCUUGUCAUUGAUUUGAGACAUUCUAACUCAAGAACACUGUGUGCCAAAUGUACAAGACAUUUCAAAAUGUCAGUAUUGAAGUCUGUUGAAAAUAGUCACUGCAUGUGCAACUGUUCACAUUCCUCAUAUAGAACCAUAUUUUACGUUGUUGUAUAUCUAUCUAUAACUGCAUGAAGGUCAAGUGUUUCUCAUUUUACAAAUUGUAGAUUCUGUAUAGCUGACCUGAGCGAAAGUCAGUCGGUUAUUUGAAAUAUUUGUCUGAGACAGAAUGAGAUUGAUAUGUUAUAUGCAUCUAUCUUUUAUAUGUUGCAAAAUACAAGCCCUGUGUCAUGCAUGGUUAGAUUGUAACACUAGCCCGCUAUCCAGGGGCUAGUACUAAUUUCCAAGUUACCCAUUGUUUUAGCAUUACAAGGGUAUUUAUCUUUACCCAGGCUAGUAUUAAAAGCUUUUGAGUUUAGUCUAACUAUGUAUCAUGUCGAUGUAAAAAUUUCUUUAUGAUUCCUGCUGCCUACUUGAGUAUCCAUAUUAAAAUGUGGUUAGAUCUGUCCCUUUUUUUUUGUUCAAACUUUGUCAUCACUUGCUGUUGGGUGUCUUGAUCUGACCAAGUAUUUUGUGGGAGUAUAAAACUAAUAAAAUAAGUUCACAAGAGUAAAUAAUGUCUACAUUUGUUAUUCACAUCUUUUGAUGGGUGUUCUCUCAUCAAAGCUUGUGGAGCUUGUUGUGACAUUGAGGUUUAGGAUGCAGAUAUCUAAGGAGACGUCCACACAUUGAUGGCCUUAUUGUCAGAAGUUUGGUUUGACAGUGUGUCAGAAAACAGUACACAGGGCAUUUGGGGCACAGACGUGAACAUGGGAAUGAGUGAGAAAUGUACACUGACACCUUUUUAUAAGAAUAAACUAUUUUCUAUUAUGA